CCUGCUACAAACGGCUGCCCGGCUUUCCAUGACGGGGAUCGGAUAGCCUCAAUGUCUUGGCCCACCCCGGAUACCUUCCACAAUUGCCCUAGUGGUGAUUGGCAGAGCCAUGGCAUUGGGAACGUGCGAUACACAUCGAUCUACGUCGUGAUGUCGCCAUUAACCGAAGAGACUAUAAAUUGCCUAAUUCCAUCCGCUCAUUCCAAUGAUGCGUCUUCUGUCUCUGUCAAGCCUUUCCCCGGCUACGCAUGUUAAUCUAUCAAUUCUUCUUCUCACAUAACCUGAGGAACGUCUGAACAUCAUGAAGUACGCCGCAUCACUCCUCGCCCUGGCAGCCACUGCCUUGGGCAAAGAGAUUCCCAAGGACCCUAAACGGGCUGCUGAUCUUUAUGACUCUGGUCUCAUGCACGAAAAGAUCAUGUCUCGUAAAGAGCUUUUCUGGGCAAGAGAGCGCAAAAUCGGCAAAUUCGCCGAAAAAUGGCCUGAGUUGCACUUUGCUCAAUGCCGGGAUGGAAAGGCAGUUCCAUUCCGUGACCAACCUAAUAACUUCUAUCGCUGCAAGAAUAUCAACCUACACCACUUCCUCUCCCAUCAGGCCCUGGGAAGCACCGUUGGCCAGGGCUCAUCAUCCUGGGGUUGGGUGUCAGACGAUGGUCGCGAGUUUGCGAUCAUUGCUCAAGGUGAUGGAGCUGCUUUUGCCGAGAUCACAAAUGCUGGCAAGUUGCGGUAUCUCGGACGCCUUCCUCAGACUGCUGGAACCCCUACAAGUCAAUGGAGAGAGAUCAGAAGAUACAAGCACUAUAUUGUGAUUGGUAGCGAGACAUAUGAUCAUCACAUCCAGAUCUUCGACCUGAAGAAGCUGCUGGAUAUCGAUUACAAGAAAGGACCUGUCACCUUUGACCCAGUCAAGGAUCUCACGGGCUUCUACGGAAACCUCCCUGAUGGCCGUGCUCAUAACGUCUUAGCCAACGAUGACUCAGGCUUCGCCUACAUCGUUGGUGCACGUCCCCGUACAGAUGCUUGUCGCAGCGGCUUGAUUUUCUUGGACCUAAAGGACCCAAGUAACCCCACCUCUCCCGGGUGUGCCUCUGCCGACGGCUAUGUCCACGAUGCACAGUGUCUUAUCUAUAAGGGUCCUCACACUAAGUACCUUGGCAAGGAGAUCUGCUAUGGCUACAAUGAGGAUUCAUUGACUAUUUAUGAUGUUACUGACAAGCAGUGGCCUGAGGUCAUCUCUGUAACCUCUUACGAGGGAGCCACUUACACUCACCAAGGUUGGGUUCUCGACACCGAGUGGCAAGAGUUCCUGAUAAUGGACGAUGAGUACGAUGAGGUCGAUGCUCGAGGUCCUGCUGCAAACGGUCAUGCCACUACAUUCAUUUGGGAUAUCUCCAACCUAGAGGCACCGAAGCAGACAGGCUACUACCAGUCUCCUCGCAAGACCAUUGACCAUAACCAGUAUGUCGUUGGCAACUACAGCUUCCAGAGCAACUACGGUGCUGGUAUUAGCAUUCUGGAUAUCUCGUCCAUUCCCACCAACCCCUCUGGUUCUGGUGUUCGAGAGGUUGGCUGGUUUGAUAUUUACCCAGAAGAUGAUAACCUAGAGGGUGGCGGUUCACAUGCUUUCGUUGGCACAUGGUCAUCGUAUGCUGACUACCCAUCGGGCUAUAUCCUUAUUAACACGAUUGAGAGAGGAGCGUGGGUUGUGAAGCCGCAGACGGCACUGCCGUAAGGGCUGGUGCUUAGUUAUAAUACAACUCAUGAUGUACCUGGCCUCGAGGCAGACAAAUAAUAAACCAAAAUGUAUCAGCACGCGUCCAAAACUUCAUGUGCAGUGACUAGCUGUUGCUUUCACCUAGGGUGAUAUCGCUUAUAAUUGA